AUGGCGGUGCAGGCAGAUAGUUUGUCCCAGCACCCCUGGCCGUAUUUGGCAGAAUUGUUUGAAUUUAAAGAACAGAGAAAUGACUCGUAUUAUUUCAAGUGUCUUCUCUGCCUACCGAAGACCACCUCGCUUUCAUCAUUCAAGAAUUCACCAUCGAACUUGAAGAAACACGUCGAGAGAAAACAUGCAAGUCAGCUCCCCAGGUACAUGGCCAUGACAGCCCCUCGGAAGAGGAAAGCCAAAUCUGAGGAUGGUGCAUCACCAAAGCCUACGAAGCAGUUAAAAUUGAAUGAAGCGCCUCUGGUGAAUCAAAAGAGUGUGGAUCAUGCUGUUAUCAACUUUGUGGUGCAGAGUCUCCAGCCCUUCAGUGUGGUGGACCAGCCAUCCUUUCAGGAUCUCCUGAAAAAUCUCAAGCCCAAUGCCUCUAUGAUGUCCAGGACAACACUGAGAAGAAGGAUUGAUGAUGCCGCCCUUAAGAUGAAGAGAAACAUCAAAGAAGCAAUGUCCACAAUCGAUGUUAUUGCCACAACAACAGACUGUUGGAGCACAAGGCGAAGGGGCUUUUUAGGAGUGACUGCGCACUGGCUGGACCCCAGUACUCUGGAGAGAUGCUCAGUGGCUCUUGCAUGCAGACAGCUGAAAGGUUCGCACACUUUUGAUGUUCUGGGAAAUUCACUAAACGAGAUCCACACUGAAUUUGGCAUUCAACACAAAAUUGUCCGAACUACUACAGAUAGUGGGUCCAAUUUUGUAAAGGCAUUCAGGGUGUAUGGCAAACAGGAUGAAAACAACAAUUCCACAGUCUCCGAUGGGUCUGAAGAUGAUGAUGAGGAGAUGGGGGAUGAAGACCAACAUCUUGAGGGUAUUGAUGUUAUCGAUGUCUCAUCCAUCUUAAAUGAAGAUGAUGGUCUGCAGUUCCAGCUGCCAAAGCACCAUCGCUGUGCCUGCCAUCUGCUGAAUCUCGUAUCAACCGUGGAUGCAGAAAAGGCAACCUCAAAUGAGGCAUACAAAAAGUUAUCACGAUCAGCAUUUUCGAAAUGCUCUGCAUUAUGGAACAAGUCUGGAAGAUCCACAACAGCUGCUGAGAUGGUCGAAGAAAUUUGCAAGAUUAACCUCAUCUGCCCCAAUGCCACAAGGUGGAACUCGUUGCUCAUGGCAGUUGAAAGAAUAGUAAGAAUUUCAAAAGAUCAGGGAGACGAAGCUCUGAGAACCCUGUGCACUGCACCGAAGUUGCCCGUGUUGAGCGCCGUUGAAAUGGCUUUUCUGGAGGAGUAUGCCAGAACUAUGGGACCAGUCGGCAAAGCCCUCAACAUUCUUCAAGGAGAAAGUGAUGUUCAGAUGGGAUGGCUCCUGCCUACUUUGACGCUCCUCAUCACAAAGCUUGACAAACUCCGCAUCACUACCAGAUACUGCAGACCUUUGCUGGAUGCUGUUCAAGAGGGCCUGCAGCACCGCUUUGCAGACAUGCUUGUGGAACCCGAAUUCAUUGCUGCGGCCAUCCUUGUCCCAAAAUUCAAAACCACCUGGACGAGUGAGGAAAGAAUCAUUCAACUCGGUUUGGACUACAUCAAGGACCAUCUUGAAGAAGAGCCUACCUGCCUGUCCCCAGCUAAUGGAUCAAGUGGAUCUGAUGAGGAGGACUUCUUUGCCAGCUUAAAAAUGUCGUCUGGUCAGGAAUGUGUCAAGCAAUUAGAGGGCUAUCUUGCCUCAAAGGUUGAUGAUAAUGACAUUUUGAGGUCCUACCCUGCUGUGCUGGUGACCCUCACUGAGGGUUACCGCAUCCAGUUCUGCUGCCGACCGCCGCGUUUUCAUGGGGUCAAACACACCACCGUGAGCCAUCCGGGGAAGUCCCUCGUCCUCCGGCAGGAAAUCGCCACCCUCCUGGAGAAAGGAGCAAUCUCUCCUGUCGACAGGCAGAGACAGCAAGGUGGGUUCUACUCCAGGUAUUUUCUGGUUCCGAAGAAGGACGGCGGUAUCCGCCCGAUCCUUGACCUGAGGUCCCUCAACUCCCACUUGAAGACCAUGAGAUUCCACAUGCUGCGUACAGUGGAUGUCUUACACCACAUCCAGGCGGGCGACUGGUUUGCCACCAUUGACCUGAAAGAUGCCUACUUCCAUGUUCCCAUUGCGCCACACCACAGGCAGUUCCUGCGGUUUGCCUUCGAGGGCCAGGCUUUCAAGUUCAAUGUUCUCCCCUUUGGGAUAUCGCUGGCACCCCGUGUGUUCACCAGGUGUGUGGCAGCGGCAUUGGCACCACUUCAGGCACGGGGUUUGCGUGUCCUGCCUUACCUGGACGACUGGCUCGUCUGUUCAUGGUCAGCAGCUCAGGCCCACACCGACAUCGCGACUGUGCUCUCACAUGCCGCAGAGCUGGGGCUCAGGGUGAAUUACAAGAAGAGCUUGCUGGUGCCCAGCCAGGAGACGAUUUUCUUGGGCAUGCACCUGGAUUCGAGGUCGUUGAUGGCAACCCCCUCCCAGACCAGGAUCCACAACAUCCGCCUGCUGCUUGGCCGCUUCGGACGGGGCAGGUCACUCGCCCUGAAGACCUUUCAGCGCCUGCUGGGCAUGCUUACGGCAGCCUCCUCUCUGGUCCCGCUGGGGCUCCUGGACUUACGUCCGCUUCAGAGGUGGCUCAACGGUCUCCACCUCCACCCAGCGCUGCACGGGCACAGGCUUGUGAAGGUGACGGAUACUUUUUGCAGGCUCCUCCGUCCAUGGAGGAGGAGGGCUUACCUUCUGCAGGGUGUUCCGCUGGUGGCUAUCCCCUCCCAGAGGGAGGUCAUCACCACGGAUGCUUCCCUGGGAGGUUGGGGUGCAGUCUGGCAAUGCCGGACCGUCAGAGGCUGCUGGAGUCCAGGGCAGCGACAGCAGCACAUCAACGUGCUGGAGCUAGGGGCUGUGUUCCUCGGCCUACAGCACUUCCUCCCAGGCCUGGCCGACAGACACGUUCUGGUGCGGACGGACAACGCUACGGUAGUGUACUACAUCAACCACCAGGGAGGCACCAAGUCCCUCCAGUGCUUGGAAGUGGCCGGCCAACUUCUGCGGUGGGCCCAUCGACAUCUCUUGAGCCUGCGUGCCAUGUACUUGCCAGGCACUGCCAACAGGGCAGCGGAUCUGCUGUCCCGCCAGGACCCCGAUCCCGGGGAAUGGAGACUCAACCCAGCGGUGGUUCUCACCAUCUGGGAACAUUUUGGCAGGGGAGAGGUGGACCUCUUUGCCUGCCAGGAGUUGACACACUGCCCUCUGUGGUUCAGCCUCCACGGCCCCAGCUCCCUGGGCCAGGACGCGCUGCCGCAUGCUUGGCCAAGGCAACUGCUGUAUGCCUUCCCCCCUCUGCCGCUGAUCGUGCCAACCCUACACAGGGUUGCGAUGGACCACCACGGGCUGCUGCUUGUCGCCCCUCGGUGGCCGGGCCGAGUGCGGUUUCCCAAGUUGCUGCAACUUCUGAACGGCGACCCCUGGUGCCUGCCAGUGAGGACGGACCUGCUAUCACAGCUGGGAGGGCAGAUCUGGCACCCGGAUCCAGCCCGUCUGCAGCUCUGGGUGUGGCCGCUGAAGGGC